AUGGACUCUCACAAAGAUAAUGAAAAAACAUGUAAAUUAGAAACAGACACAGCUGUAUAUGGCGGGAGGGGAGGGGGAGGCGAAAGGAGGCACACGAUGAGUGCAGCAGAGUCACAACUGGAAAACUUGACCGAGAAGAACACAGCGGACACGCUGGAGCUGGCAGACUUGCCCCUGCAGAAGGGCUCCGUGGAGCUCCUCAAGCAAAGAUGGGAGUCCGCCAAUGCUGCGAGAACUGCCCUGACUCUCCAGUGCUCAUCAGCCCCACGGUCCCUGGUGCUGGAUAAGAUGAGCUGCAGCAACAUCAUGGAGAAAGUGCCAGCAGACAGCAGAUGGACAGACAUGUUCAAGGAAGAGACCGUAGGUGGCCCUCAGCAGACUGAACACUUCCCCAUUACUGUGGAGGAGCUGCGGAGCCACUUUGAGGCCCUGGGUAGCAAGAAGGAAGCAGAAAAGGAAAGAAGCUCACAUUCACUAACAUCAAAGAGCCAGACUGGGAGCCAUUCCACCAGUUCUCCAAAAGAGUCUAGUGUGAAAAGAGGGAGAGCAAUCUUUGAAAAGAUGUCAUCAGAAAAUGGCCGCAGCAACAGCUCUGAAGUGGGUUCUCACAAACGUGUAAGAAGACUUCUUAAAGAAAGCACUUCCAGGGCUGAUAACACACUGCUGGAUGUCCAGGAAACUGUCUCCUUGAAACAAAGAAUGGCUAUGUACAAGGCUGCUGUGUCUGAGAUAGAGGGUAGCAACUCCUUUGCUCAUACUUCAGAGAAAACCAAGUUCUGUACUGUGCCUGGUGGCCUGGCAGCAGUGAGGAAACAAUUUGAGAAAGUGCGGAUGACCUCUUCACGAAAGACCUUUGCUCUGUACCAGCACAAAUCUGUACAGGAAACAUUAAGUAGGAGUCAAAAUACAAGCAGCACCAGGGAAGCUGCAUGCAAUGAAACGACCUCCAAAGAAAGUCAAAUGGAAGCCUCUCAAACACAAGAGGGUGGAGGAAAACCGAUCUUUUUUAUUCUUCUUCCCAUUGCAGUAAUCAAUGCAGCUCAGAACGAAGAGCUCCCGAAGACUGUAACACAGAUUUUAAAACAGCAGAUUGAAAGGACAGUUCAGGAAAAGGCUGUUCACUCUGACAGAGAGAUUGCAACACCUGCAAAAGAAGUAAAGAAACUGCAGAUUCAGGAAAACGAGACAUGCAGACUCUGUCAACAGAGAGUUUACCCAAUGGAAUGCCUGGUUGCUGACAGGCAGAAUUUUCAUAAAUCAUGUUUCCGAUGUCACCACUGUGGCAGUCAAUUAAGCUUGGGAAAUUAUGCAUCUCUCCACGGAAAAAUAUACUGUAAACCCCAUUUUAAGCAGCUUUUCAAGUCCAAAGGAAAUUAUGAUGAAGGCUUUGGACACAAGCAGCAUAAAGAAUUAUGGAAUUCUAAAGAUCGAUGUAGCUCAGCUGGCAAUACUCAUGCUGAAGAAACAAAUCCCAUUAAUAGUAUACCUGUCGAUCCUAAACCAAUUACAGACAUUGAUCAAGACUUGUACUCAGGUACUGAUGGUACUCAUCCUGAUAUUUUGGAUAGUAAUUUGAAAAAAAACACAGAAAGAGGUAAACUAAAGCUGACAUGGCCUCCUUCAACAGAUGAAGUAACACCUAAGAAAACAUUUUCUAUUGAAGAAGUGGCUAAAAUAAAUAAGCCCAAGUGGCCCCCCAAAGGUUUUGCUCAAGAAGGUUCUAAUUUACAUACAAAUAAACCUCUGGGCAAUAAAAAGGAUCCUCAGAAAGAAAAUGCUGUGAGAGAGCAAAAUAAAAAUAACACUGCAAAUGCACAACAAAAUCAAGACUCAUCCUUCAGUGCUCUGUCUGAAAAAGAAGCUACAAAUACCUCUAAAGCAAAGAAAAAUGAAGCAGGCAAUAAGGGAAAAGAUGAAGAAGCUGGGAAUGUGCAAGAUAAGUGGAAUAAAACAGGAGGAUCACAGAAUAUGGAGGAAAGUGGAAAGGAUUUUAAUGAAGGUGAUAAUGUGAUUGUGUAUACUGCUGGGAAGGAACAAGAGAAAAAAAUGAAUGAAACUGCUGGUUCAGAAGUUGUACAGGUUACUAACAUUGAUGAUGUAACAGUACAAAAGAAUCACAAAGAAUUUAGCUUGAAUAACAAUAACAAUUAUGCCACUUUUUCACACCUAAAUUUUAGGCAAGAAACAACUCUCUCAGCUACAACUAACCCAAUGACAGCAUUAAGCCAUGCAAUUUGCACUGUAUCGCAGCAUGCCUUUGCAAAGCUGGAAAAUCAGUCUGGAAAUGAAGAAAUAUUUGAGAUGCAUGAAUCUCAUGAGAGCUAUUAUGCCACUUGUCAGAAGUCUCAUAUUACUAGCACAUUAGUUUUAAAGGAGGCAACUAAUACAACAUUGCCUGUUGAUAUGGAGUUGGUAUGCACUGGAGAAGAAUCAAAAUAUGACAAAAACUUAAAUACUAUUUUAUCUGACGCUCUGAAAACAUCUUUUCUUAAAAAAAACACCAACAACCUGGAUUUAGACUGUGGUUUAAUACACUCUGUAGAUAUAACUAAAAGUUCCUGCAGCCCAUGA